AUGCCGUCUAGCCCGCUCGCAGAAGCGCCUCAUUACAACGGCCUGACACUCUCUCCAGCCAGCCCAAAACCCAUCCACGUCCCGGACUCGCAAACCGUUCCAGUAUUACAGAAUCAGGCGGAUGGGGAAUUCAAUCUUGCUGCCUACAUGGAGAAUGCGACCAGUGGUCAAGGUGUCAUUGACUCUACAGGACUAGACCACUAUCAAGUUGCGCCAACUCAAGAAGCGUCAGCCACUACUAUUGCAACAUUGAACGGCGAAGUCGCUGGUGAGCAGCAACCUAUAAUGAAGGCUGAGGAUGUAGUGAAAGAGAGCCAGGACCAGGUUUAUUCAACAAUCCAUGCUUCCACGGAGCACCCAGAUGUAUCUACUGGUCAUGCAGAGUUUGCCUCAGCCCCCGAGAACAUUCACCCUUUCGCUUCAGAACCCAACCAUGGCCAGAACUUGUAUGCUUCUGUGCAGGAUGCCUUUGAGCAGCAGCCCAUCCAAGCAGACAACUCGUACCCUCAAGCAGACUCCUCCACUGCAUUAGACCAAAGCCAGCCUGAAAAUCCCGAAACAUCCCCAAAGAAAGAAUUGACCAUCGAAACCGGAAAUAUCCAAGCUCUGCUCGAUAAUCUUAUUGCUUCCGCUUCCACUGCCCCUGCCGCAGAUAGUGUCCAAACGUCCGCACCAGCGCCUACAGCGUCGGCUGGCCCCCAAGUAUCAAGUCCGAGCAGCGCCCAAACCCCUAUCAGUGCUCUUCCUACUCCAGCUGGUCUCCCACCCAGACCUCCACCUCAGGAUGAACCAACUAUACAUCCAAAUUACACUGCUGGACAAAGCAUCCGCUCGUAUCAUAAUCCACCGCCGCCCAAUACCACUCAAACAUCGACAGGUCGCCUUCCUCCAAAUCAUGCUCCUGCGAGUACUGUUGGCCCCAAUGGCUUGCCUCCUCCACCUGCAGCAAGUUUUCAGCAGUCUAUAGCACCUAGCCAGCCAUCUCCACAAGAACAAACAUCAUUGACUGAAUCCAGUGUUAGUGCUGCACAGCCGGACGCUCCACCACUGAUUGAACCACAGCAGGCUGCUGCAGCGCCCGAUACAGAUUCAGCAUAUCAAGACUUUUUGCGAGAAGAAGCUAGCUACGUGGCUGAAGGCACGUGGGAUCGCUUUCCUCAAGGCUCUCGGCUUUUUCUUGGAAAUCUCUUUACAGAGAAAGUUUCCAAGCGGAUGAUCUUUGAUGUCUUCUCGAAGUAUGGUCGCUUGGCCCAAAUAUCAAUGAAGAACGCGUACGGCUUCGUCCAGUUUGUUGAUCCCGGCUGCAGCAGUAGUGCACUAGUAGCGGAGGAGGGCACAGAGUUAGGAGGGAGGAAAAUUCAUCUUGAAAUAUCGAAACCCCAAAAGAACACACGGAAUGCAGGAAAUUCUGGAAAUGCGGACAGGGCUGGACGUAACCGAAGGUCACGCUCACCGGAUUAUGGUCGAGGAAGUAAUACACGCCAAGGAAUUCAACAUGUAGGGCAAAAUCCUUAUGGCGUCUACGAACGGCGUACGAGGGAUGACUAUCGGCCUGUCCGGUCGCCAUCCCCAAGACGUGGAUACGACAAUCAUCUGGCUCGCAACGGCCUUGAUCGAUACUAUGGCGGAAAGCGAAGCCGCUCGAGAUCUCCACCCUAUGGCAGAAACGGACGGUAUCGAAGUCGUAGUCCUCAAGGCAGAGAUCUUGAUGACGAGCGGACUUUGCCAAUUCCUAGAAGAAACCCUGUCCAGGUCCCAGAUGUACAGAUAAUCAUUGUGGAUGAGUCAGAUCGAACCUUUGUGGGUUAUAUUCAGCAGUCAUUUCGUGAUCGCUCUCUUCGGUGCGAUGUGCUUCAACUUCCUAGGGGAGUGUCAUUGCAGGCAGUCAUAAAGCGGCAGAUUCUGGAAGGAGUGCAGGCUGUUGUCAAGAUUCAUCGAAAAUCACAAGUGACAGGGAAAAUCCCUCUUCAGCUCUUCGAUCGUAGUGGGGGACCAAGCAACAUCCGGUUCGAUGAAUAUGAAGAACUCGAUGCAGCUGUAGCCGCCGACGUAGUGAUCAGGUCCAAGCAGCCACAGGCGCAACCCAUGCCACAGUCCCAGCAUUACCCACAAAACCCUGGCUAUGGCCCACCGCAACAUCAAGUGCAUCAGAUGCCCCAGCAGCAUAUGCCUCCACACUCUAUGCCGCAGCAACAGCCACCGGUCCCAAAUGUAAACACAACCCCGAUGAGUCCUUUAGCAGGGUUGGACGGCCCAGCGCUGCAGAAACUUCUAGGAUCUCUAAACCAAAAUCCAUCAAAUCCGCAACAGUAUCAAGGUAAUCCACAGCCGGGUCAAGCCCCACAAGAUUUAGCAGCUUUGUUGAGUAGUGUUGCUCGCCAGACUCCACAGCAGCAACAAAAUCAACAACAAGGCUAUCAGCUACCGCAAACGCCUACUCAGGGUUAUCAAUAUCAAAAUCCACCACAGCACCAGCAAUUCCCACCGCAAAGCUUAACUCAGCCAGGCAUUGUCGCAACUGCUCGGUCGAGCACAACAACAAGGAAGCCCCCUCAGCAAGGGUAUCAAGCUAUUCCGCCGCCGCAACAGCCGCCACAGCAGCAGAACGUGCAGGACAUCAUGGCUCAGCUUGCGAAAUACAGGCAGUGA